AUAUUUAUUGUAGACUAACAAAAAAAAAAAGAACAUCAGCAGGAGAGGGCAGUUCUUAACGCAGCAGUGCUGUCUUUGAAGAGCUCCGGGUCGGCAAGAAUAUUCUCUAAUGGAUACUCCUGAAAGCCCUACCCAGUCCCCUCAGUCUCCUGAGGAGGAGGAGAAGGGCCUUUCUGACAGUGAGCUGCUGGAUUCUCCUGAUGAAGAGGAGGACGGGGUCAUCUCUGACAGUGAGAUACUCCAUGAGGAGGAGAAUGGGGAGCUUGUUGAGGAGGAGGAAGAGGUGUUGUGGAGCCAAAGAAGAGAUUCGAAAUUAGAAGAGGAUGGAGAAGAAGACAAUGAGGUGGUGCCCGACUUUGUCUCUGACCCAGAGGAUGAGGAGCCUGUAGGGGAAACAGAAGGGAUGGGACAGGAGGAUGGGACCAUUUUGCUGAUGGAUGGGGACGAAGAUGGGCCGCAGGGGGAACAGUUGGAUGGGGAGGACGAGAAGGAAGGAGAGGAGCAAGAGGAUGGAGUCAUUGACACCCCACAGUCUCCAGACUCAGAACAGGGCAAGAGCUUCAUUCCUGAAGAGGAUGGAGAAGACGGGGAAGAAGAAUACAGUGACCACAGAAAGAACAGCUAUGCAGAUUGGGAGACAGCUGAGGUGGAUGAUGAUGAGGGAGAAGAAGACAAAAUCAAGGCUGAGGAGGAAGAAGGGAUGAGAGCAGAGGAGAGGAGGAGAGCUGUCGUGGUGAGGGAGAUGAAGGAUGACCCGGUGUCUGUUUCCCGGGAGCUGGACGAGCAUGAGCUGGAUUAUGACGAGGAGGUCCCAGAGGAACCCAGUAUCCCUACACACGAAGAAGAGGAAGAUGAUGAAGACAUAAAAGCGGAGGGAGAAGAAGAGGAGGAGACUGAGGACAAGAGCAAUAAGAGGAAGGAAAAGAAACCCAUCCCCCCGUCUCCUAAAGACAGUGAUUUCAAGAGGUCGGGUGACUCCAAAGGGCCUGAGAGGAUGCGCAGAGAUUCCUUCAGAGACAAGAAGAAGGAUGAGGAUGAUGGAGAGAUUGAUGAAGGAGAGAUUGAUGACGAUGACUUGGAGGAGGGGGAGGUCAAAGAUCCCUCGGACAGGAAGAUCAGACCACGUCCCAUCUGCAGGUUCUUCAUCAAAGGAAAUUGCACUUGGGGUAUGAACUGUAGGUUCAUCCACCCCGGAGUAAAUGACAAAGGUAACUAUUCCCUCAUCAGUAAGCCGGACCUCUUCUCACCCAACGGAGCCCCUCCUGGAGGACCUCACCCACUCAUACCCAAUAACCCUUGGGCUGGACCUGCAGUUGAGGAGCUUCCUCCACCUCCUCCUCCAGUGGAGCCUCCUGUGGAAAGUGCCUGGGAGCGAGGCCUAAGGCAUGCCAAAGAGGUGCUGAAAAAGGCCACCAUCCGUAAGGAGCAGGAGCCAGACUUUGAGGAGAAGCGUUUCAACGUGACCAUCGGAGAGGACGAGAGAGAGUUUGACAAAGAGAAUGACUUCUUCAGAGAACGCAGCUACCGCAUCAUCAGAGAUGAAAUGGACUUUAGAGAUCCUGUUUAUAGUGACCCAUACGCUGAUCCAUACUAUGACUAUGAAAUGGAGGCCCUCUGGCGAGGUGGCCAGUAUGAAAACUUCAGAGUGCAGUACACAGAAGCUCCGCUUCCUUACCACUACAGUGAGCGUGAACGCGACCGGGAUCCUCGGGAGCGGCCCCGGGACCGAGAGCGGGAGAGGGAUCACCGGGAGAGGGAACGCCGGCAGAGAGAGAGGGAGAGAGAGCGGGAGCGCGAGAAGGAGAGGAUGCGGCGCAAGGAGGAGUGGGAGAGGGACCGGAUGAAGCGUGAUGAGAAGGAGAGGCCGAGGAUGCGUCCUCCUCGAGACCCCAGGGAGAAAAAAGACGAAGACAAACUGAAACCACACUCUCCUCUCAGCCUGACCCCAAACAGGCCGAUGGAGCCUCCCUCCAAGAAAGAGGUUGUUCCCGUUAUGAGGCGACCAGAUGAGUGGAAGGAUCCCUGGCGCCGGUCCAAAUCCCCCAGGAGACGCCCUGGGCUGGGAUCCCCGCCGCGAGGACGCCGCAGACAUCGGCCCUCGGGCUCCUCCGUGUCUCUGUCCAAUUCCUCCAGGUCUUCGUCUCGCUCUUCAUCCUUUACAGGUUCUGGCUCAUCUCGCUCCCGCAGCCGCUCCUCCUCCUUCAGCUCCUACUCCAGCCACUCCUCCCAGCGCAGCUCCUUCAGUGGCAGCCGCUCUAGGUCUCGAUCAUUCUCCACAUCCCCCUCACCGAGUCCAGCAGCACAGAGAAACGCAAAGAACAAACUAGAACCCCCUGUGUUACCUAAAGGCAUGCCGCUGAAGCCGGGUGCCAUGCCCCCUCCUCGCAGGGAGAAGCCUGCCAUGAAGAAAGCUCCCAGUCCUCCUACACCUGGUGGACCGCAAGGCAGACCCCCCAAACCCCUGCCAGAGGGAGGGAAGCCUCCCGCCAAUCCCAGGGAGCCUGGAAGCGCAGGUAGCGCAGUGGGCAGCGGUGGAGCUGGGAGACCCCUGCCUCCAAGGGAACCUGGAAAAAACCCCAACCCGAGGGAAGAGAGGCGUAAAGAGCGGCAGCAGCAUCCUCCACGGAGGCGAACUGUGAGUGGGAGUGUUAGUGGAAGUGGUAGCAGUUAUACUGGUUCUAGCUCCAGAUCCUCGUCCAACUCCCUCUCACGCUCACGGUCACGCUCUGGAUCCAGAAAAUCCAGAUCGCUAAGUGUAAGCAGCGUGUCAUCGGUGUCAUCGGCGUCGUCCAGUGGCAGUUCGGUGCGUAGCGCAGACUCAGACGACAUGUAUGCCGACCUGGCCAGCCCGGUGUCCUCCGCCAGCUCCCGCUCGCCCACACCAAAUCACCCUCGCAAGGAGCGCGGGGCUGCGCGGGAACGGCCCCCGCAUGGCAGAGACAAGAACAGGGAGAGACCAUCAAAGAAAGAUGAACCAUUCAGAGAGGAUCGCAGGAAGAUCGACCCAUCUGGAGCCCCACCUAGAGGAGGAAACCCCAUGCCCAGAUCUGGACCUGGUAGCAGGGGUGGCCACCCUGUACAUCCCCCGCCUGGCACCAUGGGCCCCCCAGGAAGCUACGGAGGUUCUGGUUCCCACAAAGACAUUAAACUCACUCUCCUCAAUAAGCAGCAGGCAGAUAAGGGCAACAGAAAGAGGUACCUGCCUGCAGACAAAGACAGGCCUGGUUCCCCCCUCAGCAAGAGAAUGGCCAUGUCUCCAGACAGAGGACGUGAUAAGAGGAUUCCCGGCCGACCCAUACUCCCCCCUCGAAUGGAUCGGCCCAGAGGCCAGGGGCCCCGACCAAUGCCCCCCCAGGGAGACAGGAAACGUCCUCUGUCACCUCCCCAGUCAUCUGGAAAAGGCCCUGCGCCGCCGUCGGGCAAGCCCCCCCCGGGCUCCGCAUCGGCCGCUGGCUCGGGCUCCGGCUCCAACAAACCCAGCAACACACUGUCCCGCCGCGAGGAGCUGCUGAAACAGCUGAAGGCCGUGGAGGACGCCAUCGCCCGGAAACGGGCAAAGAUCCCCACCAAAUAAACGGAAGCCUGCUCCUCCACCCGUUUGCCCGCCUGCCUGCCAGUCUGCCCACCCUACAGCCUUGUGAGCCGGGCCAACAGUGA